AUGAGCGGCACCGUCAAUUUUCUUCAAAGACUCGUCUUUCAAUCUCCGCCAGGAGAAUGGGCGCUUUCACAGCUUCGUGACUUGCUUAUCGGCGCCCUCAAGCAGGGGCCAGUUCCGCAGCAUGUGGCAUUCGAGAUGGAUGGCAACAGGCGGUAUGCCCGAAGCCACCGUAUGGAAACAGUCGAGGGCCACCAUCGCGGUUUCGAAUCUCUGGCAAGAAUUAUGGAAAUCUGCUACAAGGCCGGUGUCAAGACCGUGACCGUGUAUGCCUUCAGUAUCGAAAACUUCAACCGCCCGCAGUACGAGGUCGACGGUCUCAUGCAGCUUGCCAAGGUCAAGCUUGAACAGCUCACUACGUAUGGCGAUAUCCUGGAUCGAUAUGGAGCUGCCGUCCGAGUCCUCGGCCAACGCGAUCUUCUCCGGGAGGAUGUCUUACAAGUCGUGGAUAAGGCCGUGGCAAGAACACAACACAACAAGAACGCGGUGUUGAACAUCUGCUUCCCAUACACAUCCAGAGCCGAGAUAGCGACUGCAGUACAAUCGACUGUCUCGGAGUUCCUCGCACCCCCAGCCCCCAAGAACCAGCUUUUCUCGCCAUCACGUAUUCGACAAAAUAUCCUGUCAAGGCAGUUGAACGGACAUGAUCCCUUGCCAACGAUUCGAGACAGCUCACCUGAAAAACAAACCGAGACUGAAGCAGCAGAGGGAGAAGUGGCGCUUGAUGCGGACGGAGGCGAUUCAUCCUCAGCCACUCUUCCCCCAGACUCACCUUCUCCCCGUCGCCGAACCAGAAAUGGUUCUUAUGAUGAAUCCAAACUGCCGGACCCGGAGACCAUUACAGUCGAGACCCUGGACCGGCAUAUGUACACAUCGGAGGACCCGCCCUUGGACCUUUUUAUCAGGACCAGCGGUGUUGAGCGGCUGAGUGAUUUCAUGCUCUGGCAGUGCCACCAGGACACUCAAAUAUUCUUCCUCAACUGCCUCUGGCCCGAGUUCGAUUUCCACCAUUUUGUCUGGGUUCUCCUCGAGUGGCAAUGGAGACUGAAGCAGAAAUCUCGAGAGGAUGCGCCGAGUAGGCGACGAAACGGCACUAUUGUAGAAUAG